GCCAAAGUUCAACCUCAUGCUGUUUCUAGCCCGGUGUCUAUGCUAGUCACUACUUUUUGAGAAACUUUACUUGCUCUUUUGCAAGGCUGCCUGGCAGAUCAGGAAUAAGAACUGCACCGUUAGGGAAUUCUUUCACAUUGCAAAAGUUCUCUUCAGGACAUCGCCACAAACCGGCUUCACUUUACCUGUUUUUUCUUCCCAAGAGUUCCAAGUCCAGAGACAAUGUUGCUGCAUCCCCAAAUCUUUGUCCUUGUUGCCUUACUUUGGAGUGUCCCACCACUUUCCCUGGCUGGAAAGAUCCUGGUGUACCCAGUGGAUGGAAGCCACUGGCUUAACAUGGACAUUUUACUACAAGAGCUUCAUCAGCGAGGUCACAAACUGACAGUUGUCCGUUCGGCCAACAGUUGGUACAUCCCAGAGACCACUGCACACUAUACAUCCAUCACCAUCCGUGUCAAUCAUCUCUCCAGCCUGGAGGACCCUGAGUACAUGGCAUCCUUUCUUAAAAGAAACAUUGACAUUCAAAGAGGGGAAGGAACUGUAUGGUCAUUUAUAGCCCUGCAGAAAGAAGUAAUUACUCUUUUAGAAGAGUCUCACAAAUCUUCUGCUGAGAUGGUGAGGACCAUUCUAGAAGAUAAAAAGCUUGUUAAAAAACUCAAAGAAACCAAAUAUGAUUUAAUGCUAACAGAUCCUGGAUUUGCAGGAGGGGUCAUAUUAGGCACACACUUGGGUCUACCAAUGGUGUACAAUGUACGAUGGAUAACAAAUGCAGAAGGGCACUUUGCAAUUGCACCCUCGCCGCUUUCUUACAUUCCAACUAUCGGAUCCAGGGUGACAGAUAAAAUGAGCUUUACAAAUAAACUGAAAAAUUUCUUGCAUUAUGGAAUCGGCCAAUACAUAGACUAUUUGCUCACAAGACCUCUUUAUCAAGGAGUUAUCAGCGAACACAUAGACCCAAACACCAAUGUGUACACUCUGAUCCAAGGAGCGGAUCUGUGGCUCAUGAGAGUAGAUUUUGUAUUUGAGUUCCCUCGUCCUACUAUGCCCAAUGUGGUCUACAUUGGAGGCUUCCAGUGCAAACCAUCCAAACCUCUACCAGAUGAAUUGGAGAAGUUUGUCGAGAGUUCUGGUGAGCAAGGGGUGGUGAUCAUGUCUUUGGGUACUCUGCUUGGAAGUCUAGUUCCUGACAUAUCCGAAGUCGUCGCCUCCGCUUUUGCUCGCUUACCACAGAAGGUGAUAUGGAGGCACGUAGGGGAAAAGCCAUCAACGUUGGGGAACAAUACACUGAUAGUAGACUGGCUCCCUCAAAACGAUCUCUUAGGCCAUCCUAAAACUAAAGCUUUUGUCAGUCACGGAGGAACUAAUGGAAUUUACGAGGCUAUUUACCACGGCGUUCCGAUACUUGGACUUCCACUCAUCUUCGACCAGUUUGACAACAUGAUUCGCUUGGAAGCCAGAGGGGUGGCGAAAAUGCUUGAAGUCUCAGCCCUGGAUGUAGAUAGCCUUGAACAAGCCCUAAGGGACAUCCUGGAUGAAAAUCAACCCUACCAGAAGAACAUGCGCAGAAUGUCAAGCCUACAUCAUGACACUCCACUCAAGCCGAUGGACAGUGCCAUCUUUUGGUUGGAGUUUGUCAUGAGACAUAAAGGUGCGGCACACCUACGCACCGAGUCCUACAAGCUUCCUUGGUAUUCCUACUACUGCGUAGAUGUGUUAAUGCUGAUAAUGAGUGUGUUCACAGCAAUCUGUCUGCUCUUGGUCUUGAUGAUCAGGGCAUUGUUCAAAGUUUUUGCAAAGAAAGGAAAAACCAAAAGAGAGUGAAGUCAUGUACUUGGUAACACUUUUUUUUUUUUUGCUAAAGGUCGAUAUCUUUAUAGUGCUCUAUGCACCACUUUCAAUGUGAAAAGCUUUGGUUAGUUACUAUGGCACUGGUUAUUAAAGGCAUAGUUCACCCAAAAAUUGUAAUUCUGUCUUUAAUUACUCACCCUCAUGUCAUCCCAUACCAGAUCUUCCUUCAUCUUAGGAACACAAAUUAAGAUGUUUUGAAUUUAAAAGGCUCAAAAAGGUACCAAAAACAUUGUCUAAGUAGUCUAUGGGACAUUUGUUGUUUAAUAGGAAUGUUUUGAAGCAACGAGAAUGCCUGGCUCUCGUGAACGUGCCUCUCAAACUGAAACUGAGUUAAGUAAUUCUUUUAUUUUUUUCGCUCUAAAAAUAUUCUCGUUGUUAGAACCACUGAAGUCACGUGGGCUGCUUUGACAAUGUUUUGGUACCUUUCUGAGCCUUGAACAUAUAUGGACCCUUCCUGUCUGUGGUAGGAAAAGAAAGCUCUCAGAUUAAAUCUGAAACAUGUUAAUCGUUUUGAAGAUGAAUGAAGGUUUUACGGGUUUAGGAUGACAUGAGGGUGAGUAAAUGAUGACAGAAUUUUCUGUUUGGGUGAACUAACCCUUAACCUCUGCUUGUAAAUGCUGUAACUACUUCAUCUGGUUAAAAAAAGCAUUGAUAAUUUGACAAACAUAUACCGAUGUAUUUAAGUAGACCUUUUCUAAACGCUUGGGACCAUGGACAUUAUUUUGGUGCCAUCAGCCAGUGUUGUUCAUGGUGAUCAAACAAAGAAAAACCCAAAAUAAAACAUUUAGAUUCAGAUCAGUUUCUAAACUACUUUCCCAAAAUGUUCCCCUAUCUGGUUUGAAAAAGAAAGUUAAUCUUUUCAACUUUUGGUUGAGAGUGUUGCUAAGUCAGGCAGUUCAGACAAACAGGGCAAUGUUUUGAGAAUGCCACAGAACCAGUAUUUACAGUUUUUGGGAAAAUUUAUAUAUGAAUGGCUAACUUAAUUUAAGCAUAUAUAAAAUUACGUGCAUCAUACUAAUAAAUCUGAACAAGUAAUGUGUUGCUAACAAUAUUUAAAUUUAUUUUUAAAAAAGGAACUGCAACAGAUUGUAUUUUUCAGUUUGUUUUAUUGAUUUGUACAGACAUUGAAUGAACCAGCUGUCUAUUUUGCACGUAAAUAUUUCACUUAACACAACCACCGGCAUGGUCAACAAAAAUAAAAUUAUUCAAAAAUCA